AAAAGCUAACAAAAUAAAAAAAGAGAAAAAGCAAACCGAGCCAAUCGGCCAUCACACCCAUUAUACCUUCUCAUAGCUACAAAUUCCCACUGCCAAAGCCCAUUUGCUGCCUCCUCCUCAGUACUCCUCCCCCUUCUUCUUCUUCUUCUUCAAUCCGUCUGGUAAUUAAGAUGGGCAGAACCGGUGGUGGUGUGAGGCUGCCGGGUUUCUGCUUGAACCGGAUCCGGUCUCACGUUCGGGUCCGGUCGCCUCCGAUUCAGUCCAACCUCCCCGAGGGGAAAUCCCCGCCGGAGUCUGAUGUCAAGAAGGAAGAGACUCCUGGGGCUGUUAAAGCCGGCGAAGAGGCGGCGAAACCAGGUGGUGCGGCGGCGGAGAAACCAGCUGGUCCGCCGGGGCCGGCGGUGGCUAGGAGAAUCAUGAUCGUGGUGGACUCCAGCCUUGAAGCUAAGGGAGCCAUGCACUGGGCGCUCUCUCAUACGGUUCAAACCCAUGACACUGUCGUUCUUCUGCAUUUCGUCAAGACUACUUCCAAUCCCAAACCACCAGCUAAAGGUGAUGUAAAGGACAGUAAGGAUCCAACUCCGAGGAUCUACGAACUGCUUUAUUCUACGAAGAGAAUGUGUCAGUUGAAGAAACCUGAGGUGCAAGUAGAGGUGGUGGUGGCAGAAGGGAAGGAGAAGGGGCCGACCAUAGUAGAACGGGCAAAGAGAGAAGGGGUGGCACUACUGGUGCUGGGCCAGAAAAAGGCCUCCAUGACGUGGCGGCUCCUCUCCAUGUGGGCGGGUUAUCGGGUAGGGUGCUGUGUGGACUACUGCAUCAACCACUCGCAUUGCAUGGCCAUUGCCGUGAGAAGGAAGAGCAAGAAGGUAGGAGGCUACCUGAUCACCACCAAGCGCCACAAGGACUUCUGGCUCUUGGCCUAGCUCAAACCCCCAGCCCAUUACCCAUACACAUAGAUGAGAAUUUUUUAUACAGGGAUCCUGGACCACGGCGUCAGCAGCAUAACCACGGUUUCCACUGACAUUCAUUUGAAUCAUUUCUACUCUUUGAUUAUGGCUCCUUUAGCUUCUCUCGAGAUUUUUAUCUUGUCAAGACACAUGGCACGGCACGGCACGGCACGGGGUCAAUGCCAGACAUGGCCUUCGCACUAGGCAUUGGCUUAUGUUGCUGAUGUAUUGGUUUGGAGUCGCUCAAUUUACUUAAUAUAUAUUUUGAUAUGUAAUAAAGUUGUUAAAAUUAGUGCGGAAGUGGGGUGGGAGGUAAAGCAAAGUGUGUGUCCUUUAUCGUUUGGGGGAAGGCCUCUAUUACUUCUGGGCCUUGGGAGUAUAUUUAAGUAUAUAUUUUAUAUGUAAUAUAAAUUUAUAAUUUACUUUAUUUGUAAUUAUAUAUAUAUUUUUUAUUUAAAUGUAACAUGAAUGUAUCAAUAUCUUAACUCGCUCAUUUGCUCGAAC